GCCGGGACGGGGCUGAUGCCGUUGCUCCGAGCCGUGCCGUGCCGUGCCGAGUCGAGCCGAGCCGCCGUCCCGUGCGUCCCAGUCCCGAGGGCUCCUGUCCCACUGCGUCCCAGCAUGGCGUCAGCGUGGCUCGGAGCCGUGGCGGUGCUGCUGUGCACGGUGCUGGGCGUUGGGUGGGCUGAGGCGCAGCCCUUUCCUUUCCGAGACCCGACGCUGCCCUGGCACCGCCGCCUGGAGGACCUGCUGGGCCGGCUGACCCCCGCCGAGAUGGUGCUGCAGAUGGCGAGGGGGGGAGCCCUGGGGAACGGCCCCGCGCCCCCCAUCCCACGCCUGGGCAUUGCGCCCUACAACUGGAACACCGAGUGCCUGCGGGGCGAUGCAGAGGCGCCCGGGUGGGCCACAGCUUUCCCCCAAGCACUGGGGCUGGCCGCUGCCUUCAGCCCCGAGCUUGUGUACCGAGUGGCCAACGCCACGGCCACCGAGGUGCGUGCCAAGCACAACUCCUUCGUCGCCGCCGGCCGCUACGAUGACCACACGGGGCUCAGCUGCUUCAGUCCUGUGCUCAACAUCAUGAGGCACCCGCUGUGGGGCAGGAACCAGGAGACGUACGGGGAGGAUCCGUACCUGACAGCAGAGCUGGCCACGAGCUUCGUGCAGGGGCUGCAGGGUCAGCACCCCCGCUACAUCAAGGCCAGUGCUGGCUGCAAGCACUUCAGCGUGCACGGUGGCCCCGAGAACAUCCCUGUCUCCAGGCUCAGCUUCGAUGCCAAGGUGCUGGAGCGGGACUGGCACACCACCUUCCUGCCCCAGUUCCAGGCAUGCGUGCGUGCCGGGUCCUACAGCUUCAUGUGCAGCUACAACAGGAUCAACGGCGUCCCUGCCUGCGCCAACAAGAAGCUGCUGACGGACAUCCUACGGGGCGAGUGGGGCUUCGAGGGCUAUGUGGUGAGCGACGAGGGGGCUGUGGAGCUCAUCCUGUUGGGGCACCGCUACACACACACCUUCCUGGAGACGGCCAUUGCGUCGGUGAACGCCGGCCUCAACCUGGAGCUGUCCUACGGCAUGAGGAACAACGUCUUCAUGCACAUCCCCAAGGCCUUGGCCAUGGGCAACAUCACGCUGGAGAUGCUGCGUGACCGCGUCCGGCCCCUCUUCUACACGCGGCUGCGGCUGGGGGAGUUCGACCCCCCGGCCAUGAACCCCUACAACGCCCUGGAGCUGAGCGUGGUGCAGAGCUCUGAGCACCGCAACCUCUCUCUGGAGGCAGCCAUCAAGAGCUUCGUGCUGCUGAAGAACCAGCGGGACACGCUGCCGCUCCGCGAGCUGCACGGCAAGCGCCUGGCGGUGGUGGGUCCCUUUGCGGACAACCCCCGUGUGCUGUUUGGGGACUACGCGCCAGUGCCAGAGCCACAGUAUAUCUACACACCACGGAGGGGGCUGCAGACACUGCCAGCCAACGUCAGCUUUGCUGCGGGCUGCCGGGAGCCGCGGUGCUGGGUGUACUCACGGGAUGAGGUGGAGAACGCGGUGCGGGGAGCUGAUGUGGUGCUGGUGUGCCUGGGGACGGGGAUAGAUGUGGAGAUGGAGGCGAGGGACCGCAAGGACCUGUCCCUGCCUGGACAUCAGCUGCAGCUGCUGCAGGAUGCUGUGCGUGCAGCUGCUGGGCACCCCGUCAUCCUGCUGCUGUUCAACGCGGGGCCUCUGGAUGUGAGCUGGGCGCAGCUGCAUGACGGCGUGGGGGCCAUCCUGGCCUGCUUCUUUCCUGCUCAGGCCACCGGCCUGGCCAUCGCCAGCGUCCUGCUGGGCAAGCAGGGGGCCAGCCCUGCAGGCAGGCUGCCAGCCACGUGGCCUGCAGGCAUGCAUCAAGUGCCCCCAAUGGAGAACUACACCAUGGAGGGUCGGACGUACCGCUACUACGGGCAGGAAGCCCCACUCUACCCCUUUGGGUACGGGCUGUCCUACACCACCUUCCACUACCGGGACCUGGUGCUGAGCCCCCCGGUGCUGCCCAUCUGCGCCAACCUCUCCGUGUCGGUGGUGCUGGAGAACACGGGGCCACGUGACAGUGAGGAGGUGGUGCAGCUGUAUCUGCGUUGGGAGCAGCCAUCUGUGCCGGUGCCGCGCUGGCAGCUGGUGGCUUUCCGCCGUGUGGCAGUACCAGCUGGUGGUGCCACCAAGCUGUCCUUUGGGGUGACGGCUGCUCAGCGUGCCGUCUGGAUGCAGCAGUGGCACCUGGAGCCCGGAGCCUUCACCCUCUUUGCUGGUGGGCAGCAGCCGGGGCAGCAGACGCGGGCACCCUCGGAGGUGUUGAGCGCAAAGUUCAGUGUCAGUGGGGCUGCCCGGGCGCUGCACAGCUGCUAGAGGUGGGGAUGGGUGUGGGGAUGGGUCCUGGGGCGUGGGGAGCUGGAGGAAGGAUGAGGUGCAGUGGCUGUGCAGCAAAGGGGGAGCGUGGUGCUCUGCCUUGCAAUAAAGUGCCCUCUGCCCUCUAA